AUGCACUAGUCUCAUGAGAGUGUUACAUUUCCUUGAACACAAAAAUUUUAGAUUUGAAAAAGACUUGAUGAUGUCUUUCACAAUACAAUCAUUAAUACCUGUUCCAUGGUUCGUUGUAGUAGUGGUACUCGCCGUCGUAGUGAUAGCAUCCGGAGAUGAUUCGCCGGAGCCGGCAAUGUUUCCGGCUAUGUUUGUGUUCGGAGACUCAUUGGUGGACAAUGGAAACAAUAACCGCUUGAAUUCGCUAGCUAGGUCCAACUAUCUCCCUUAUGGCAUCGAUUUUGACGGUGGUCAACCCACCGGUCGCUUCUCUAACGGCAAAACCAUCGUCGAUUUCAUUGGAGAGUUGAUAGGGCUGCCGGAUAUACCGGCGUAUAUUGAAACAGUAGACGGAGGAGUUGACAUUCUCCGGGGAGUGAACUAUGCCUCCGCUGCCGGAGGAAUCUUAGAAGAAACCGGUCGCCAUCUUGGAGAGAGAUUCAGCAUGAGAAGACAAGUGGAGAACUUCGAGAAGACAUUAAUGGAGAUAAGUAGAGGGAUAGAGUCAGUAAAAGAGUACAUGGCAAAGUCAUUGGUGGUGGUUUCAUUGGGGAACAAUGACUACAUUAACAAUUACUUGAAACCUUCGCUUUUCCUCACCAGCUCCAUUUACGACCCUCCUUCUUUCGCCGACCUCCUUCUCUCCAAUUUCACCUCUCAUCUCCUUGAAUUGUAUGGAAAGGGUUUUAGGAAAUUCGUGUUAGCUGGAGUGGGUCCACUGGGAUGCAUACCGGACCAACUAGCAGCUAGGGCGGUUCCGCCGGGUGAAUGUGUAGAGGAGGUUAAUGAGAUGGCUCAGCUUUUCAACGACCGCCUCAAGUCUCUCGUGGAUCGUCUCAAUUCCGACAACAUAACCGCCCGCGACGCCGUCUUUGUCUAUGGCAAUACCUAUGGUGCCGCCGUUGAUAUCCUCACCAACCCCUUUGCUUACGGAUUCGAAGUGACGGAUAGAGGAUGUUGUGGAGUAGGGAGGAACAGGGGAGAAAUUACGUGUUUGCCACUAGCGGUACCAUGUGCUUUCAGAGAUCGACACGUGUUCUGGGAUGCUUUUCAUCCAACACAAGCUUUUAAUCUCAUUAUUGCUCUUAGAGCCUUUAAUGGCUCCAAAUCCGAUUGUUACCCCAUUAAUCUUUCUCAAUUGUCUCGUCUCUAAAAUUCUACUCAACAAGUCUUUCGUUUUGUUAUUUACUUUGGUUUGUAUCUUUUAGAUGUCUCAUUUUUGUUUUCUUCUGAUUAUCUUUUUGGUGAUACAUUUCUCUAUCCGUAUGGACUUAAUUUAUGGUUCUAAUUUAUA